UGUGUGUGUGUGUGUAAAAGACAGCUGUAGCCCCUGGGUGUGCUGCGCUUCCGUAACGCUUAAAAACUGCUCGCUUCAGGCGGCGUACCGUUUAUUGACUUCUCCGGUUUGUGAAACGCUGCAACAGUUGUGUUUUUUAAGCCGAGCCGUUCGUUUUCUCACACGCGCUGGGUUUUUAAAUUGAAGCGCAUUCAGUCGCUGCGGUCUUUAACGGUUUGGGGGCUUAUAUUUGUAUGCACGGACGAGCCGAUCAUCUUUUGUCUGCGUUGAUGUUAAAGGAAAGCUCUAUGGAAGAUCUGUUUUGCUGAAUGUGUGAAUGACUACUUCUGUAUCUUCUGUUGAUACGAUCUAGUGGGUUUGACCCACACAUGGACUUAGUGGACAAGCCUAAAACAUCUCUAACUUUAAGGCUUUUGGACACCAAGGGCUGAUCAUCUACAGAACACAUAGUUCUGGCUGCAGCUGUACGCCUCAGGCUCAGCUCUGAUGUUACCGGCUGAAACGGGUCGACUGUGAGAGGACGAUUUCCCUCAGCUAUGUCUACCUUUGAGACAAUCUGGCCUCCGGGCACCGAGUGUGUGGCCAGGUACAACUUCCCUGGAACGGCUGACCAGGACUUGCCUAUGUGCAAAGGGGAUGUCCUUACUAUAAUUGGAGUAACUAAGCAAACACAUGUCCUUUAUCUGUGGUCACUCAGAUGGUUCCAUGGAAAGAUCACACGCGAUCAGGCCGAGAGGCUGCUUUACCCCCCAGAGACAGGCCUCUUCCUGGUGCGUGAGAGCACAAACUUCCCCGGCGACUACACCCUGUGUGUUAGCUGCGACAGCAAGGUGGAGCAUUACCGCAUCAUCUACCACAACGGCAAACUGUCCAUUGAUGAGGAGGAGUACUUUGAAAACCUCAUGCAGCUCAUGGAGCACUACACUAAAGAUGCAGAUGGACUUUGUACCAGACUUAUCAAACCUAAACUCAUGGAGGGGUCUGUGGCGGCCCAGGAUGAGUUCUCGAGGAGUGGCUGGGCUCUGAAUAGAAAAGAACUGAAGCUUAUCCAAACUAUUGGAAAGGGAGAGUUUGGAGAUGUGAUGGUCGGAGACUACCUAGGCAAGAAAGUGGCAGUGAAGUGUAUCAAACAUGACGCAACAGCACAGGCCUUCGUUGCAGAGGCUUCUGUCAUGACGCAAUUACGGCAUACUAACUUGGUACAGCUGCUGGGGGUGAUCGUGGAAGAGAAGGGCAGCCUCUUCAUUGUCACUGAGUAUAUGGCCAAGGGUAGUCUAGUGGACUAUCUGCGCUCCAGAGGACGUACUGUUAUUGGUGGAGAUUGUUUGAUCAAUUUCUCAAUGGAUGUCUGCAAGGCGAUGGAAUAUCUUGAGGCCAAUAACUUUGUGCAUAGGGAUCUGGCAGCUCGUAAUGUUUUGGUGUCAGAAGACAACAAAGCAAAAGUCAGCGACUUUGGCCUCACCAAGGAAGCAUCAUCUACUCAAGAUACAGCCAAACUCCCUGUUAAGUGGACUUCACCCGAGGCCUUAAGGGAGAAGAUGUUUUCCACUAAGUCAGAUGUAUGGAGCUAUGGCAUCUUACUGUGGGAGAUCUAUUCCUUUGGUCGGGUACCUUAUCCAAGAAUUCCACUGAAGGAAGUUGUCCCGCGUGUAGAGAAGGGUUAUAAGAUGGACGCCCCAGACUGCUGCCCGGCUGUGGUGUAUGACAUCAUGAAGGAGUGCUGGACUCUGGACCCUGUGGAGCGUCCUAGCUUCAGAGAACUGAGACAGAAACUUCAAGAUAUCAUAGCCAAUGAGCUGUACCGAUAAAAGACAAAAACUAACGGAAAAACACAAGAAGAUGACUUUCACGGCACCAUUCCCAUACAGUCUGACCAAAAUCUACUCUUAAAGCAGUGGACUUGAAAGUGAAAAACAUCAGCAGAAAUGUAUUUUGCUUUUUUUUCCGUCUUUUUCUUUGCUUUGUUUUCAUGGCAUGAUUUUCUUAAUUUUGGGGAGGCUGGCCUUCUCUACAACAACUCACCUCUUUUUGAUUUUUAAGAUCUUCAGCCUCCUCUGAUAUGUCCUCAUACGCUCCAUUAUUUUGGACUUUUGAUUAGCAAAUAGGAUAUUCUGCCAAAAAAAGAGAAAAAUCAGUUAAUAUCAUCAGACAAUAAAUAUCAUGAGGAAUGCUAUACGACAAAACAUCCGGCACCCAUAAGGCUUGUAACCAAGAACAAUAAUUGGCACUUAGGGAGACCGUAUGCUCAACCCAAACUGUUUUCCAUUCCAGUAGCCAAUGAAAUACACCAGAGAAUCUUUCUUCCAUUUCACAGUGCCUUUACACCAGAAAUCUGUCUCGCCCCAGAGCUUGUUUCAUUAGAUUUUUUUAAUACAUUGUUUAAAAGUACUCAAAUUUCCUGCUGUCUUGCUCAUCUUUUCAAACAUGUGUCAGUCUCAGCCUCAAAACCGGAAAGGAUGAAUAUAAACUUUGUGGGCCUUUAAAAGAGAUGUGGCUUGUGUCCAAGCCAGAAUGCUUUAAAAA